AUGUCGGCUAAUGAAUACCGAUGGAAGGAUAGGAGUGGCGAGCAUUCGCCUACUUUGGACCAUGUUUGGGAAAAGAGCUGGCUGACAGAAUUUUUUAACCAACUGCUCGUCGAGGAAUCAGAACCAUUAUUGACUAAUGCACAAGACGGAGCAUCCAAGAUCACCUGCCUGGAAUUCAAGCGUCAUAUUUUCAACGCUCCUGAAAAUGGUCGCGGGGACAGAAAUUUGCUUGAGGCUGUCUACGAGGCCUUGCCCUCGGAGUAUAACGUGGAUUUCAUCGGAAUGACACAAUUCCUGAACCAGUUUGCAAAGGGAUUCUUUUGGGGCGCCAAUUUUCAGCAAGUCGUCGAACGAGCAUUGAAAGCUUCCAUUCGGGGCCCAUUCCACCGAAUUGCAAUUCCCACUUUGAAUAAAGAGUUAGACGUACUACAACGAAUUAAUCUGGCAGUAAAGAUAAUUAAUUUGCCAGUUGCUAUCGAAAUGGCGCAAAAUACUAACAAGAGAAUUUACCUUGAACUCCGAAAGCUUGACCAGCACCUAGCAGCUGAGACGGGACUAGAGGCCUUCGCAAAAGGAUUUUUUGCCCCGAACUUUCGGACGUUCAUGGAUGACUAUAUUAACCAUCCAACCAAUGGGGCGAAAGCAGUAUUUCUGAAUUCUGCUUUGUCUCUCAAAUCCGACUUAGAAGAAAAACUGGAAAAAGUCAAGGUUUUGGCUCAAGGUUUCGAUGAAAGUGAUUCAAAGUACCAAGAAAUCAUGCAAAAGUGGCAGGUGUACAACACGCUGGGACACGCUGCUUGGACAAUUGAGCUUUCUUGGGUUUGGCCAACAUGCGGUGGUAACGCGCGUAGAGACGGCUCAGAACCAGACUUGUGCGAAUUACCUCCUUUGGAAACCACCUCGCAAAUCACGUCUUCCCUGUCCACAGAGUCAGCCAAGACCACCACGCCGCCGUCGGUGUCCAGCGUGCCCACAACGCUAUCACAACCUCACAUAUCACCAAUGGAUGCGUGUGGUACGCAGCAGUGUGGCACCUUAAGCUGUCCUGAUGGACGGGUUGGCGAUUGUAUGGUCCUACCAAUGGGCCGAGGUUAUGCUUGCGGAUGUCAGCCCUACACAUGGACGGAGCACUACCAGUCGAUUACGAGCACUCAUUCGGCUCCAUCACCAACGUCGACAUUGGAAUCCCCCUGCGACAUGAACCAGUGCUCUACCAUCAAUUGUCCAGAUGGACAAGCUGGCGAAUGCAUGGUUCAACCGAUGGGUCGAGGAUAUGCUUGCGGAUGCCAGCCUCGUACUUGGACAGAGAUGUAUUCAUCAUCCAGCAGCAGUAGCGUCCCCCAGGUGGCUUCCACAAUUAGGCCUAACAAGCCUACUUGUAUGACAAAUGAGGACUGUAGAGGUUGUGGAACUGACGAGAUUGGGGAAUGUAUCCCCCUCCCGAUACGAGGGCCUUCCCUUUGUGUUUGUCUGCCAAAGAUAAGAAGUUCACGUCCAAUGACAAGCUCUUCGCUGGCCGCGACAACCACAGCCCCUCCACCUCGGUAUACUGGACUCUGUAACACCCAGGGCGAGAGGUUCGACAAGAGCCAGGCCUCGAAGUGGGUUAAAGAGUUUUGCGAAGAUGCUCACAAGAACAAAUGGAGCAAUAAGUGGUUUUAUGACAGAAAAAACAGAAAAGUUGAGACCAAGGGUAUAAACAUUUACAACAAGCUGGAUGAAAGAGAAUUCUCCUAUACAUUCACUAUCGAGGUCCUCAGACGCUCCAACGAGAGGAACAUAUUUUGUGAGGCCGAAGGGGAGGGUAGCAACCCACAAUCGGCCUUGGAACUCUUGCAAAAGAAUCCCAGCGCUUGCGAGGAACAGUUUGGUAUACUACUUGAUUGUAAGUCAUGA